CCCAUACAUUUUACCCACCUCCAUUAGCACCAGUCCAGCGACACUGCACAACCCCUCUUUUGUCUUCACCAUCUCCAUUUCUUCUACUAAACUUUUUGAUAACACCAAGAAAAAAGUUUCGAUUUUUUUUCUUUCUUGUUUACUGCUUAAGCGCAAAGAAUUGCAGAGAAAGGUGAAAGAGAAGUCUAAAACUGCAGGUAAAAGAUGAAUUUCCUUUCAGUAUUGGAGGUCCAGAGGUUCAAAUCGAUGCUUUGACGAAUACCCAUUUGCUUUUUACAGUGUAAUACUUGUUAAAUGCUACUUUGUAGAUCAGUAACCUCGUCGAUUUCACGUAUCUUCGCUUGCAUGGGAAGUUGUCUUGGGUGCUGUGUAAAGCCACCACAUGUUAUUUUAGUGGAUAGGCCAUCCAAAGGUCAGAAAGUUCAGGGUCAACGCUUGAGGAAACGCGGUUCAAGGGAAGACUUUUGGAGCAGUAGUGCUUGUGAGAUGGAGAAUAGUGCAUUUCCUUCACAACGAAGUGUCUCAUCAAUAAGUACUUCAAAUCAGGGCCUUGAUGCUCACAGUAGUUCUAGCACCACAAACAACAACACUGACUUUGUAAAUCAUGGUUUAAUUCUUUGGAGUAAAACUAGGCAAGAAUGGAUUGGAAAUAGAACACCUCAGAAGCAGACUGCAGCUCAGGAAUCUAAACUAAGCUUUGAUGCGAGUUACGAAACUUUGCUGGGGACCAACAAGCCUUUUCCUCAGUCAAUCCCUCUAUCGGAAAUGGUAGACUUUCUUGUUGAUGUUUGGGAACAGGAAGGACUAUAUGAUUGAGCUGUGGGACUUAAACUGAUCUUACCCAACCAUAGCAUUUUCUGUUUGUAAAGUCUACAGAAACCAGAUGGAUGAAAACAAUUAUGUUGGAUCUCAGGAUUUGUAUGUUGACAAGAGGAAAAUUUGAAUGUUUUUUCAAAUGAAGGAGAGAGGACCCUUGUUUAUUUUGCUAAUAAACGAAUUUAUUUUCGAGAAAAGUUAUAUUAACCAUCCAAAUAAACUCCUUGUUUCCAGA